GAAUCUGGGGACCCGACAGACUGCAAGACCCGUCUCCGUUGGACCCCAGGGAGGACGCGCGGCUGCUGCGCCUGCCCCCACCCGCCACACCUGGGAGCGGUGAGGACCAGGAGAGGCGGGGCGCGGCGAGAGGCUGGCGAAGUGCGGGAGCGGCUUCGCUGAAAGCCAGCCGGACUGGAGCAAGGAGGAGGGGGAGGGUCUCGGGGCAGAGUCCUGCUACUCCGAGGGAGGGACCCCAGCUGGGGUGGAAAACAGCACAAACCAGCUGCAGAGACGCUGGGCGCGGAUCAUGGAGCGGGCCAGCCCUGGCUCCGGGGCGUCGCAGCUGCAGCGGGACCAGGAUUGCGUGGAAGCGUGGCUGGAUGAUCACUGGGACUUUACCUUCUCUUACUUUGUUAGGAAAGCCACCAGAGAAAUGGUCAAUGCCUGGUUCGCUGAGAGAGUCCACACAAUCCCCGUGUGCAAGGAAGGCCUCAGAAGCCACACGGAAUCUUGUUCUUGCCUCUCGCAGCCAAGUCCUCGUGCAGACAGCAGUGCGCCUGGAACACCAACCAGGAAAAUCUCUGCCUCUGAAUUUGAUCGGCCUCUUAGACCCAUUGUCGUCAAGGAUUCCGAGGGCACUGUGAGCUUCCUCGCUGACUCAGAAAAGAAGGAGCAGAUGCCUCUAACCCCCCGAAGAUUUGAUAAUGACGAAGGGGACCAGUGCUCAAGACUCUUGGAAUUAGUGAAAGAUAUUUCUAGUCAUUUGGAUGUCACAGCCUUAUGUCACAAAAUUUUCUUGCAUAUUCAUGGACUUAUCUCCGCCGAUCGCUAUUCCCUGUUUCUGGUCUGUGAGGACAGCUCCAAUGACAAGUUUCUUAUCAGCCGUCUGUUUGAUGUUGCGGAAGGUUCAACACUGGAAGAAGCUUCAAAUAACUGUAUCCGCUUAGAAUGGAACAAAGGCAUUGUGGGGCAUGUGGCAGCAUUUGGUGAGCCCUUGAACAUCAAAGAUGCUUAUGAGGAUCCUCGGUUCAAUGCAGAAGUUGACCAAAUUACAGGCUACAAGACACAGAGUAUUCUUUGUAUGCCAAUUAAGAAUCACAGGGAAGAGGUUGUUGGUGUAGCCCAGGCCAUCAACAAGAAAUCAGGAAAUGGUGGGACAUUCACUGAAAAAGAUGAAAAGGACUUUGCUGCUUAUUUGGCAUUUUGUGGUAUUGUUCUUCAUAAUGCUCAACUCUAUGAGACUUCACUGCUGGAGAACAAAAGAAAUCAGGUGCUGCUUGACCUUGCUAGCUUAAUUUUUGAAGAACAACAAUCAUUAGAAGUAAUUCUAAAGAAAAUAGCUGCCACUAUUAUCUCUUUCAUGCAGGUGCAGAAAUGCACCAUUUUCAUAGUGGAUGAAGAUUGCUCCGAUUCUUUUUCUAGUGUGUUUCACAUGGAGUGUGAGGAAUUAGAAAAAUCGUCAGAUACUUUAACAAGGGAACGUGAUGCAAACAGAAUCAAUUACAUGUAUGCUCAGUAUGUCAAAAAUACUAUGGAACCACUUAAUAUCCCAGAUGUCAGUAAGGACAAAAGAUUUCCCUGGACAAAUGAAAACACAGGAAAUAUAAACCAGCAGUGCAUUAGAAGUUUGCUUUGUACACCUAUAAAAAAUGGAAAGAAGAAUAAAGUGAUAGGGGUUUGCCAACUUGUUAAUAAGAUGGAGGAGAAUACUGGCAAGGUUAAGCCUUUCAACCGAAAUGAUGAACAGUUCCUGGAGGCUUUUGUCAUCUUUUGUGGCUUGGGGAUCCAGAACACACAGAUGUAUGAAGCGGUGGAGAGAGCCAUGGCCAAGCAAAUGGUCACACUGGAGGUUCUGUCGUAUCAUGCUUCAGCAGCAGAGGAAGAAACAAGAGAACUCCAGUCCUUAGCGGCCGCUGUGGUACCAUCUGCUCAGACACUUAAAAUUACUGACUUCAGCUUCAGUGACUUUGAGCUAUCUGACCUAGAAACGGCACUGUGCACAAUUCGGAUGUUCACUGACCUCAACCUUGUGCAGAACUUCCAGAUGAAACAUGAGGUUCUUUGCAGGUGGAUUUUAAGUGUUAAGAAGAAUUAUCGGAAGAAUGUUGCCUAUCAUAAUUGGAGACACGCCUUUAAUACAGCUCAGUGCAUGUUUGCUGCUCUAAAAGCAGGCAAGAUUCAGAGCAAGCUGACUGACCUGGAGAUCCUUGCGCUGCUCAUCGCGGCUCUCAGCCACGACUUGGACCACCGGGGUGUGAAUAACUCUUACAUCCAGCGGAGUGAACACCCACUUGCUCAGCUCUACUGCCAUUCGAUCAUGGAGCACCAUCAUUUUGACCAGUGCCUGAUGAUUCUUAAUAGCCCAGGCAACCAGAUCCUCAGUGGCCUCUCCAUUGAAGAAUAUAAAACCACGCUGAAAAUGAUCAAGCAAGCUAUUUUAGCUACAGACCUAGCACUGUACAUUAAGAGACGAGGAGAAUUUUUUGAACUUAUAAGAAAAAAUCAAUUCAACUUAGAAGAUCCUCAUCAAAAAGAAUUGUUUUUAGCGAUGCUGAUGACAGCUUGCGAUCUCUCUGCCAUUACCAAACCCUGGCCUAUUCAACAACGGAUAGCAGAACUUGUAGCGACUGAAUUUUUUGACCAAGGAGACAGAGAGAGAAAAGAACUCAACAUAGAGCCUGCUGAUCUAAUGAACAGGGAGAAGAAAAACAAAAUUCCAAGUAUGCAAGUUGGGUUCAUAGAUGCCAUCUGCUUGCAACUCUAUGAGGCCCUGACCCAUGUAUCAGAGGACUGUUUCCCUUUGCUGGAUGGCUGCAGAAAAAACAGGCAAAAAUGGCAGGCUCUCGCAGAACAGCAGGAGAAAAUGCUGAUUAAUGGGGAGAGCAGCCAGGCCAAGCGGAACUGAGCAGUCUGUUCACGCCGAGUUCAAGUUUACAGACCGUGUAUUCUGCAGUAUGUCUAGUUUUGCUAUACACUCUACGAGUUUAGUGUAUACUUUGCCACUGCUGUAUUUUUAUUUUUUGCACAACUGUUAAGGGCACAGCAUGAAAUGUUUUUAGGGGACUAUUACAUAUUUUCUGUAUAUUUGUUUUAUGCCACUGAUCUGAGGUUAUCAACGACACCCACUCUUAGCACAUGGAUAAGAGCUCUGUUUGUGAUAUUUUGUGUACUACAAAGUGCAAGUUAAAUUCUUGUGCUGAGAUUUUUUUGUUUGUUUUGGGGGAAUUUUAGGGGUUUUGUUUUUUGCUUGGGGGUUUUAGAUCAUUGUUUUUGUGUUUUCUGAAUUACCAAUCUAUUAAAGAAUGUUUGGAAUCUUUUCAUUCUCAAAAAUAGCCUAGGAGCAAGUUGAAUGUAUUAUGUGACAUUUAAAACCUAUCUUUUUUUUUUUCUCUAUCAUAGGAUAGAGAAAAGUGCUGGCCUAGUGGAUUUAAGGGGAAAGGAUAGUAUUUGUCAACAAAAAAGUAAAACUGAAACAAAUGGCAAGUACUAGAAGGCAGUAUGGUAAAGAAAAGGUAUUGUUAAUUGAUUUGCUGUUUUUGUUAGUGAGCAGGAAGGGGAGAACUCUUUCAUUUUAGUACAUAUCUCUAUCCAAACACUACCCAUAAAAUCACUGCAGUCUACCCUCUCUGAUGGAAAGCAGGGAAAACCUUCGGAGGAGACACUGCUUUAAUGGACUUCAUGGUCCUUGACUUUACUGAGGGAUAGGCAUGAUCCAGAAAUGGAAUGGCCAUAUCUAUCGGUCAGUGAAGAGAAACAUUCUGUUGGAAGAGUCCUCUGAGAGUCAGUGUUUUGAAUAUUGAACUUCCUCUUUUAAAUAACUUCCUUAUCGUUUCUCUUACAAACCGUAGUUUAUAAGUGAACAGUUUAAGUCUCGACAGAAAACUGAGAAUAGAAGUGAUCAUGGGAGCACUGACCUGAGGUAAGAUACGACUGCAGAUAAAAGGUAAAAUGAAUCAUUAUUUUUCUUUGUCAAAGGAAGCAUAGAGAAUAGUUUUAAUUGUAUAAACAGAAAGGGGCUAUCCUUGAUGUUCGGGUCAAAAAUUAAAUUGAAGAAGCGGGAGAGGAGGAAAGCUUAGGCCUGAAUAAAACUUAAGCGUAUUGAGUCUGCAGCUGAGAAACUGCCAUAUUUCAGUUUAUAGGACUAGUCAACUCAGAAUCACAGAAGUUUGGGUGUGUGCACUAAAUGCUGACCCUGAGCUUAAGGUUGUUGAUACUUUUCAUAGCUUUUUAGCACAUUUAGAAAACGUUAAUAUUGUCUUAGAUUUGAGCCCAUUUGAGUGGAUUCCCAUUGAUCAUGUGUACCCUAAAUACACAUUUAUUCAUCAUUAGAGAAGCAGAUACUGAAUCGAGCAACUGGUUCGGGAAAGGAAAAUCUGUUCCAAGCAUGCGGAAAUGUUUGGACUCAAGGAAAGUAGGAAGAGAAGUAUUUGUCUGAUUUGUUAACCACCAAAAAAAGUUUCUGAGUUUCAGUCACUAAUUGGGUAGAAAAU